GAGCACCGGCAACAUCGAUUAGCUUUCGAUCAAGACAGUCACGUUGUCUGCUAUCAAACACAGAAAAUAAGGAAAUGAAAUCCACUGUAACAAAUCCGAUCGUGAUCUUCAUAAUCCGAUCAUGAUCUUCAUAAUUAAUUCCCAUUCAAUUCUGAUCCUUCACCAAAAACCCACCUACGAAUCCAUCCCUUUAUGCUGAUACAAAGCACAGAAAAAACAAAAAAGGAGGCAACUUUCCUUCUUUCUCAGCUUAUAUAUGUAUAUAAUGGAUGUUUGCCUGUUUUUGCCUUUGGUUCAUCAUCUUGGAGUUUUGGCUUGUCUGCUAUCUCUUGACAACUCCAUCUCUUCAGACAGUUUCAGGAGCAGUCAUGAAUGCAUUAGUGGCAACCAACAGGAACUUCAAGCUGGCAGCUAGGCUGUUGGGGUUGGACUCCAAGCUUGAGAAAAGUUUGCUUAUUCCGUUCAGAGAAAUCAAGGUUGAAUGUACCAUACCCAAAGAUGAUGGCACUUUGGCAUCUUUUGUUGGGUUCAGGGUUCAGCAUGACAAUGCCAGAGGUCCUAUGAAGGGAGGAAUCAGAUAUCACCCAGAGGUUGACCCAGAUGAAGUCAAUGCAUUAGCACAACUUAUGACAUGGAAGACGGCAGUGGCAAAUAUUCCCUAUGGCGGGGCUAAAGGUGGAAUAGGAUGUAAUCCAGGGGAGUUAAGUGUCUCUGAACUAGAACGACUUACCCGGGUGUUCACUCAGAAGAUACAUGAUCUGAUAGGAAUCCACACAGAUGUUCCGGCUCCUGAUAUGGGAACUGGUCCACAGACUAUGGCGUGGAUACUUGAUGAGUACUCCAAAUUCCAUGGCUACUCACCUGCUGUUGUUACUGGAAAACCAAUUGAUCUUGGUGGAUCUCUAGGCAGAGAUGCUGCCACUGGACAGGGAGUGCUCUUCGCAACAGAAGCCCUGCUUAAUGAGCAUGGGAAGACCAUAUCAGGUCAACGAUUUGUCAUACAGGGUUUCGGAAAUGUGGGUGCCUGGGCUGCCCAACUAAUCAGUGAGCAGGGUGGGAAGAUUGUUGCCAUAAGUGACAUCACUGGAGCUAUGAAGAACAGCAAAGGGAUUGAUAUUCCAAGCCUACUCAAACAUGCCAAGGAACAUAACGGUGUGAAAGGAUUCCAUGGUGGGGAUCCCAUAGAUCCCAAGUCAAUACUAGUUGAGGACUGUGAUAUUCUCAUUCCAGCAGCCCUUGGAGGUGUCAUCAACAGGGAGAACGCAAAUGAUAUUAAAGCCAAAUUCAUUAUUGAAGCUGCCAACCAUCCAACUGACCCUGAGGCUGAUGAGAUUUUGUCAAAGAAAGGAGUUGUUAUUCUUCCAGACAUUUAUGCUAACUCAGGAGGCGUUACUGUUAGUUACUUCGAGUGGGUGCAGAACAUCCAAGGAUUCAUGUGGGAUGAAAAGAAAGUGAACAGUGAACUAAAGAAUUACAUGACCAAAGGUUUCAAAGAUGUGAAAGAAAUGUGCAAAACCCAUGAUUGUGAUCUCCGUAUGGGAGCCUUCACUCUAGGUGUUAACCGUGUUGCACGGGCGACCGUUCUUAGAGGUUGGGAAGCCUGAGAUGCCUGCUACUCUGAAUAAAGAUGAGGCUUCAAUGAGGCUACUUAUACUUGUGGGGAUUUCUUAUGCCUGCUAGUCUCUGUUCUUAAAGGUUUUGUUAUAUGUAUUGCCCUAGUUUCCUCCUCACCUGAGUUUCUACCCCUAAGGCGUUUCUCUAUGCACUGCAAAUUCUCCUACAAAGAACAGAGACUAGAGAGGAGGAAUUCCUUAGUUUUAUUGUAAGCUUUUUUGGGUGGAAUGAUUUGAACUUGGACGCCCAACUUCUAAAACCUCGGCCUUGAGGCCUUUAUCUCUGAACAUUGCAAGUUCUAAAUUACAUUAAGGGUUUGAUUAGAUUCCUAAUCAUAAUUUCAGUCUUAA